AAGCAACAAAUCAUUUUGAAAUUUUCAGACGAUGACCUGAAUGUGCACAUAACUGAUUUGGAACCGGGUACAAAAUAUGAAGUUAUUGUUGUGGCGAAACACCAGGAUGAAUCUGGAAAUAUCAGAGAGACGGAAUCACGUGUCUCGCAUAUUAUCACUACUGGAAGUGCACCGCAAAGCGCACGAAUCUGGUGGUUAAUCAUCAUACUGCUGUUGAUACUGCUCUUACUUGUCAUUCUCUGUAUUGUAUGCGUGACGGCUCGGCAGCGUGGAGCAAAAUAUCCCGUAUCGGAGAAGGAGAGACAGCAAGGCAGACAGUCAAUAUUGCCCGGUGGUAAAGACAGAGGAUUUGGCGAAUAUGUUUAUCCGGAAGAUGAUGAAAAACGGUCACUGACUGGAAGCAAGGCUUCGGAAACUGAUUCAAUGGAAGAAUAUGGCGAUACGGAUCCGGGGCGGUUCACCGAAGAUGGUUCCUUCAUAGGUACGAAUUACUUGUCUUUUUCACUGUGA